UAUCAAAGUUUGAAAUAAGAGAGAAUUCUGAUUAAAAUAAGGAUUCAUUUUGAAAUAAUUAUAUAUUUCAUAUCAAACUUCCAGACAAUAGAAUAGAACAGAACAGAAAAAAAUUGUUACAUGAUGUGUACGUUUCCAUUGAGGCAGUUCCCACCAGUAUACUAUCAAUAAUAACCGCUCACAUCUGUUUAUAAAAACAUCAUGCCAAUAAACCGCAUGAAAAAAGAGUUUAUUAACGAAAACAGACCUCCCUCAUCACAACAUCAACAGCACUGCUUAACCUUGGUAAAUGUAAAAUCGAGUGUAACAGUUAUUUCAAAACGCCAAACAUUCUACGCAAUGAACAAAUGUUUGAGUAAAGCAAACUCAGUGGAUUUUAUUUUCGGAUAUCAGCUCCAGCAAUUGUGUCAACAUGGAAUUGAUUGAGAAUCAUCAUAUAAAUAUCAGUACAGUUUUAUCUAACUAUCAGUUUUAAUCGAGAGUUGCUCAGUAACUAAAACCUGUAAAAAUGAAAUCAUAUUUGAUUAUUGGAUUUGGCUUAUGCUUGCUUGCUGUAAGUGUGAAACAAAUUGUUAUCACUUCAACAUUUUCAGUACAACUUUAUUAUGUUCUCAGGUUGCACAUGCAGCUCCGCAACUUGACAUUGUACAGAAUUUACUAGGAACUGUCACCUCAACCGUAGGAAACGUGUUGGGAGCUGUAACAUCGCAGAUAUCAGCCAUCAACGCGCAACUGAAUGGUAUAAUCGGUCAAAUCACAUCUACUUUAUCAAAUUUGACUUCGGCUGCUGGUGGUACCGUCAACUCGUUAUUGUCAUCGGUACUAUCCGGAGCCCAAGGUGCCCUUCAGAAUGCCCAAUCAGUUUUGAACAAAGUGGCUAUCAGCGGUUUGAACACUGCUUCCUCAGCAGCUACCAACACUCUGAACAGUGGAACUUCCCAACUAUUGGGAGCCGUAUCUAAUCUGAGCAACAUUACGAAUCAAGUACUUGCAGCUGGGGCCAAUGCUCCACAGGAUCUGUUGAACCAGUUGAGUGCGGCAACGACUGUUGUAAAUAAUCUGGCUUCCUCGGUGACCGGAAUCGUUGGUUCAUUACUUAAUUCUGUUGUUGGUCUAGUUGGUGGUCUACUGGGUGGUCUGCUUGGAUAAAUUGUAAGUCAACAGUGUACGAAAACCUCAAAUAAAAUUCUCCGGAACAUCUUAAAAAAUUACAUUGUUUGUAUUAUUAGAAACCCUUUUUCAUUCCCAGUUUAUCCGAUAGAACGCAGGAAAAAGCAAUUAAAUUAAUUUUAAACAGAAAAAUACAGUGAAUCAUGUUAAUCAUGAGAAUUUAAAACAGGAGAGAAUUCUGAUUAAGAUAUGGAUUCAUUUUGGAAGAAUCAGAACUAAUUGGCUGAAGUGGCACGUUCCCUUAGUUAUUUGGCAUGAUGAGCACAUUUUAACGAGGAAGUUUUCACUACUAAAUUAUAGGCCGCUCUCAUCUCCAUCGUUCAGAGGGAAGGAUAAAGAGAAAGGAAGUAAGUUCGCGGAAUAGG